AGGUGUGAUCAGCUCAGGCGAUCGAGGCUCGCAGGCCCGCCGCGCCAGACAGAGCCCCAGGUGUGCGCGCCGCGCGUGCCGGCGCCAUGGGGGCGUGCUGCGCCGCGACCGGAGAGGCGGUGGUCGCCGCCGAGCAGGAGGGGCCCUCCCGGGGCCCCUCGGUGCGGAGGCUGCCCAGCCUCUUGCCCCACAGGCACGUGAAGGACGGCGGCAUCGGGCGUGCCCAGUUCAUCAUCGACCGCCCCGGCAAGAUCGCGGACGCGUAUGCGAUGGACAGGAGGAAGCUGGGCGAGGGCAGUUAUGGAUCGGUGUGCCGCGCCACGCACAAGGCCACCAAGGCAGUCCGCGCCAUCAAGACGAUCCCCAAGGCGAAGCUGAGGAACCUCGAUCGAGUCAAGAGGGAGAUCGCCAUCAUGAAGAUGAUGGACCACCCGGGCAUCAUCAAGCUUUACGAAACAUUCGAGGACGGUCGGAAUAUUUACCUCUGCAUGGAGAUUUGCAGCGGGGGCGAGCUGUUCGAGCGGAUCGUGCGCGACGGGCGGUUCUCGGAGCCCCAGGCGGCGGCGGUGAUGCAGCAGGUCCUGCGGGCGAUCUGCUACAUGCAGAAGCAAGGCGUAGCUCACAGGGAUCUGAAGCCUGAGAACUUCCUCCUCCAAAACCAGGACCCGAUCGAGGACAACGUGGUGAAGAUCAUCGACUUCGGCCUCUCUGGCAAGUAUGAGGCUGGCAAGCCCAUGAAAACCAGGGCGGGCUCCCCGUACUACGUCGCUCCAGAGGUGUUGGGCAGCCUCUACGACAACAAGUGUGAUAUAUGGAGCGUGGGGGUCAUUCUCUACAUCAUGCUCUGUGGCUACCCGCCCUUCCAGGGGAAGAACGACGCCGAGGUGCUGCAGAAAGUGAGCUUGGGACUCUAUGAGUUCAGGCCACAAGAUUGGAGGUAUGUUUCGGAAGAUGCCAAGGUAUUGAUCACGUGCCUGAUGAAGAAGUCUCCCGUGGACCGUUUCGCUGCGGAGCAGGCCUUACGCCACACCUGGAUCGCCCACAAGGCGCCCACGGCGCCGGCUGUGGCGCUUCAGGGUGACCUGGUGGAUAAACUCCGCGGCUUCCGGUUGCGCAACAAGUUCAUGAAGGCCGCCUUGCAUGUGAUUGCUGGUCAGCUCGACGAGACCAAGAUCCGGGGCCUCCGCGACAUCUUCGUGAAGCUCGAUGUGAAUGGCGAUGGGUUGAUCACACAUUCCGAGCUCCGGAGAGGCUUGCAGCAGGCCGGCAUUCAGAUUCCAAGGCCAGACGUGGAGGAUAUCAUGGACAGCGUUGAUUGCGACGGAAGCGGAGAGAUAGAUUACACCGAGUUCUUGGCUGCGACUAUUGAGAAGCAGCAGUACGUUGAUGAGGCUGUAUGCUGGAAUGCGUUCAGCCUCUUUGAUGUGAACUGUGACGGCAAGAUCACUUCCAGCGACUUGAAGCAGAUGCUGGACAAGACGAGCACGAGGAGCGCCGUGGAACUUGUGAGGCAGGCGGACGCGAACAACGAUGGAUCCAUCGAUUUUCAAGAAUUCAUGAAGAUGAUGCGGGGCUCGAGAGUGCUGCCUGGGAGUGCACCGUGA